CAACUUUUGCUAGAGUCGCCAUCUAGUGAGGCGCUUUUUUAGUGCUUUCUUUUUUCUUAAAAUGCUUCCUCAUUAACCUUGUAUAUAGCAGAAGUUGAUACUGAUGAUGCUGUUUAAUUAUAUAUAUAUAUUUAUUUCGUUGUAGAUAUUGCAACUAAAAUAAUUUUGAUGAUACUGAAAUAUGGUCGCAUGGAUAUAGAUCUUUUCGCAUUCCCAAUCAUAAAACUAAAACAUUAAAAGAAAAACUGUCAUAAACCGUCAAAAAUAAACUAUGGCCGACUGUUUAUUAUAUACUUAACAAAUACAAUCUCGAAAUUUGUGAAAAUUGUGUUUAAAGUGUUGGAAAUCAUUUUAUAUUUCAUCAAGAAAAAUAUUUACUUAUUCUGUUGAUUAACGAAAAUCUUAUCUAACGGUAUUUCUGACUAUUAUGAAGUAAUCAAUCAUCAUAAUGAGACGAGGUCAUGCAGGCAUUGGUGGUUGGCGAAAUGAAAAUCCAAGGCAUUAUAAGCCAAGAGGUGGUGGACCGUCUCAAUUUAGGUCUAAUAGGAGCUAUCCUUUACAGGAAUCAUCUAGGUAACUGUAUUUUCUUUACUUAUUUUUUAAAUGCUGAUCAGACUACAUUGGAUCAUUUUGCGCGCCUAGUUUUUUUUAUACACCUACCUAUACAAAGAAAUAUUUUCUGUGAAUAAUUUAAUAUAGAAUACACGUUCUAAUUAUAUGUAUAAAAAUUGACAAAUAAUAGUUUAAAAACGAUAUUUUAUUGGUUAUUAUUACAGGUUCCCUCAGCCAGGCUCUCGGCCACACAGAGGUACAUUUAAUAACCGCCCUGGAUUGCUUUCCACUCUACCACCGAGUCAUCAUGACAGGAAUAAAUAUAGAAAUGAUUCUCGACUAAGCAAUCAGUAUCGAUCUAGCAACCAAGAUAGAUAUCAACAUCAAGGAGGUAGAGCUAUAUUUCCUUUACUUGAUCAUAUGCGACAUGAAAGUAAAGAUCAAAAUAAAAGCCAAGAUAAAUUUUAUCAUGAUAAUACCAACAAUGACAACUGGCACAUAAACAGUAUGGGUGAUAUUGAUGAUAGGCAAAUAAAUCAGCCAAUAAAUCAAGUACCAUUUGGUCACCAUAAUAUAUCACCAUGGCUGAAUCCACCAGAUAGUAGAAGACAGCACUUUGAUGAUAGAAAUAAACACCAACCUUACAGGCAUGAUAUUUCAGAAAAUAAUAAAAUACCUGUACUUGAAUAUUCUGGACAUAGACCACCAUCUUCCGAUCAUUAUGGUGGUAAUGCAAGCUCCACAUUAGAUAAUUCCAAUAGCUUCAGUAGAUCAAUAGACGAUACUGUUGACAUCAUUCGUAAAAGACUACAAAACCGUGAUGAGGUCCAACAAACCCCUGAAGAACAAAGUACUGGCAGUAAAGAUAUAGAUGAACGAGUCACAAUUACUAUGUCAAACAAUUGUCAAAAUAUUCAACAAAACCAACCUGUGAGGAAAAAGAUAACAAAGCAUAAACACAAUAUUGAUGCAAACUGUGACAAAAUGAAAAAUAAAAUUGUGCAUGAACUUUUUAAAAUGGAUAAAGACAAAAUUCAUAAAUUAAUGGAUAAUCCUAGUUCAUCCUCAAAAUUUGAAUAUGCACUAAACAGUUUUAUUACUGAGUCACAAAAUAGUUUAAGCAGACAUUUGAGGUCAGUGGCUGAAAAGUCUCUAUGUACUUCUGAAGAAUUUGUCCAUAAUGACAAUAAUACUAUUUAUGAAGAUACUUUUAUGAAACAAAUGCAGGGUGUUUUGGACCCCCAAGAUACUAUACUAUUAGAAGAUAUAAAACCUCUUGUUUUGGCUGAGCUUAGUAAAGUUUUGCAAUUAAAUGAGUUAGAGUUCCAAAUGCCAGAAAAUCAAAAAAGCUGUGAAGCAGUAAGUGAGUUUGAAAACUAUGAAUCAUAUCAAUAUGAAAAUUUCUCUCAAGACAGUUACUAUGAACAAAUCCAGUCACCACAAACUGUUUAUGAACACUUUGAUAAUGAAAAUUUUGUUGAUAGUUAUAUAGAUUUUGAAAAUAUUAAACAAGAAAAACCUAAACCAACACCUCUCUUUGAAAGACGCCCAACUAGAAUAAGUUUUGAACAUUCAGAACUAAAUAUCAGUUCUGAGACUCUUAAACCAUUGAGAACCAGUAUUGAAGGAAGCUCAUGUCAACAGGUUAAUUCAUUAUCCAAUGAGAGGCGUCAUUCAAGAAGUUUGGAAAAUAAACCAAAUGAAAGAGAACAAACAAUACCACUAUUUGAUACAAAUACUGAACAGUUAUCAGAAGACGAAGACCCUUUUGCUGAACUAGAUAAACAAUAUCAUGUUGCUGUUGAUCAUAAUUUCAUUGAAACAUAUGGUAUUUCCAGCCCACAACAAAUUAAUAAUGAACUAAAUAAUACAAAUUAUGAAAAUAAAUCUCCAAACAAAGAGCAAGAGGUGAACAGUCAGCCAAUAAUACCACAGCUAGAUGCAAACAAUAUAAAACAAGAAAUUGAUAGUCAACUGCAUACUAUUGCUAAAUCACCUCUGAAAUUACCUUCAGUAAGCACCGUAAAAGCCAAAAGUGAGGAAAAGAAUAUACCAUCUUGCAAACCUGUUCAAGAAAAAGCAACAAAAAGUUACACUAAUGACAAUGAUCAUGGAAAUUCACUCAAUAUAAAUGUAAAGCGGGAGUACAAUGUAAAUUCAAAUAAUGAAAACAGAGUUAUAGAAAAAAUAAAAAAUAUAAAUAUAACCACUAAAGACUUACCUUCAAAUGCACGAAAAAGAUCUAUAGAUCAGAAACCAUCUCAUCGGAAAGAAAAACGCAAAAAAAGUGACAGUAAUCAAUCUGAUUCAGGAAAACAAAUUUUAAAUAAAAACAUAAUAAUUAAUGUUAACGAUUGUGCGUCUAGUGAUACUGAAAAAUGUAAAGAAGCAACUAAAUCUGUUUUUAAUUUAUUUUUCUCUAAAAAUGAUACUCCCAAGGAGGUGCCUAAAGAAAUAAAACAUGUUGAAUCUGAUAAACCAUAUUCUCAAAAAUAUGUCAAAAGAAAAGAAACUCAGAAGACAAGUGAAAAUGAGGGUGAUAAGAAGAAAAGGCAGCGUUCAGUUUCCUCUAGUCAUUCCAUAGUAAGUCCUAAAGAGAAUAUUAAUGACAGUUCUCAGAGCAAUAAAACUGAAUCUAAAACUAAACUUCAAACUAUUGAUAUGUUCAUGGAACAACCACGCAAAGUUACCCAAUUACAUCAAACUCAUAGAAAUACAAAUACUCCAGUAAAAAAUGUAGAAAUAAGUAAACCAAAAGCACCCAUAACAUUUAACAGAAAAAUUACCAAAAGACAUAUAUCAACACAAGUUUGCCGAAAAAUGCACUCAAAGGAGAUUCAAACAAGCCAAUCACUGAAAUCACCAAAUAAAAUUCAAACUACAAGAUUUUCUCAGACUGAGAAGAAAAGGAUGCUUAGUAGAGGAAUUCAAACUGAUCCAGUAAGAUUUGAAAAAUCAGGCAUUAAAGCCACUGAUACAUUUGAAAGAAUGAAAGAAAUUGACUUGGAGAUACAGGUACUAUUACAAGAAAAAUUUAAAUUAUACAAUUCUAUAGAAUCCAGUGAUCCAUGCCCUAGUACUAUUCAGUCAUUAGGGAUGACUGUUGUAAAUGUGACACCUGAUGAUGAUGAUGAUGAUGACACUAAAGGGGAUAAUGUUAAUGAAGUCGAAGUAAUUACAGGUGAUGACAUUGUUGAAGAUUUUACAAAUAUUCCAGUUGAAGAACUUGAACAAAUAGCUUUAGAAACGAUACAAGAUCAGAAUUAUAAUAGUAAACAAGAAAAGAAAAAUAAACGACAAAAAGCUUUAGAUGAUUCACGUGCCAGUUCAUCCAGUCCUACUACUAGAAGAAAACCUAAGAAAGCAACUACACCCAAUAUUUCCCUUCUAGAACAAAUUAUAACUGACGACAGACCAUUGGAAGAUAUAAUAUCUUUGGAUGAUUUAGAAACUACACCUGUCAAAAGUAAAAAGCAAAAGAGAGUGCAAAAUGUACCAAAGAAAAAAGCGGUUAAAAAAUCUAAAAUCAUUAAACCUAGUGUCUGUUUACCUAACUACAAACUAAAAGAGUGUUCUGUUGUGUUAAUACGUAGUGAUUUAAGUAAGUAUUAUAAACAAAUGUAUGAAAACACUGACAUACAAAAUGAAAAGUCUCCAAUUUCGGUGGAUAUAAUUGAAGAAAUCCCAAUAGAUGAGGCCAAUAUUGUUGUUGCUAAUGAUUUACAGUUUGAUAUGUUAGAUGUAUCAGAGGACAUAGUGAUUGGUGACAAUUGUGAGGUGAAGUCAAGUGAAGACAAAGAUGUGGAGAGAACUGAAGUAUCAGUUACUGAAGAGAUAAUUUUGGACAACAGCCAAUUACAUGAACCUCUGCAAAAUAACUGCAAUCAAGUAGAAAAUAUUUGCAGAAUGUAUGAUUAUUCUACAGACGAGACCUUGCGACGUGACUCUAUUGUCGUUACUGGACAUGCUGAUGCUGUACUUGCAAUAGAAUGUGUUGAGAAUAACUUCAUUGCGGCAUGUCUUGACGGCAAUGUGUAUCAUUUCGGCGCAGAUGGCCAACUCCUCGCUACAUUGAGAGGCUCCAACUUAGCAGUCACUUGUCUUACUAUUGUGAAGGAGAAGUAUGGUACUACUGUAUACACAGGUUCUCUUGACUCCAGGAUAAGAUACUACGAUUUAGAAACAGGAUUGGAAAAAGGGCCAGAGUGCAAUGUUCUUAGUCCAAUACAAACAAUGGAUCGUGCUUGGGAUACCAUAUUUGUUGGUACGAGGACAGGAUUUGUCUUACAAUUUGAAUGCAAGAACAACAUGCUGAUACCAGUCAGUACUGUGAAAUUCUCUGACCAAUCAAUACUGGCUCUGCGUGCAAUGAAAGAAGGUCCUCGGAAGGUGUUGUUAGUGGCGGCUCGUUCUGAAGAUGUCACUAUAAAGGACGCACAGACUGGACUCCUGUUGCGAUCACUGCAGGGGCCCAAGAUGACUGUCUACACGCUGCUUUAUGAAGACGGCAAGAUAUACUGUGGGACUAGCAGCCAUCAGAUACACGUCUUUGAUUAUGCUGUAAGUAUAAUGGUUAUUUUUGACUAGUUAACUUUCAUAUAAAAGUAAAAUUUUAUUAGAUUUAC